GUACACAAGAUACUUGGUAUAUAAGCUGUAUGCUUUUGCCAUAUACAAUAUUUUGGCACGCUUUAUCUGAAAUAUACUUUUCGACUCGAACAAUAAGUUUGGUUCACACGAUCAUCUCUUUCAUUUUUAUAUUAACCAUUCACAGAUGUCUCAAUUGAUCGGUAUCUAUGGAGUAAGUGCUGUCAGCUCGAGACUGAUGGAUCAAUUUUCCACCCAGGAUUAUCAUGUCUAUUUCACCGCACGAAGCAAUCAUUCUGGCAAAGUUCGGAAGAUUCAACGAGGUGGUCUCUUCACUGUGAAGAGACAUUGCUCAAGGAAUAGAAGGAAGUGGGAAGAGGAUGUCGAGCAGAGAGUUGCCAAUUUUGACAAUCUAUCCUUUGUCGAAAUCAAUGGCGUACCCAACAUAAUGGCAACGACCACUCUUCGAAACCUGGUAGAGCAUACUCGCAACAUAUAUGUCUCAAUCAUAUUGAAGGGUGACCAAAGCGAGAAUAGCCACGAGGAUGUCAUCAAUCACUUUCUUCAGCUGAAUAUGGACCUCAGUCAUCUUGUGCUGACGAUCGUCAAGGCUCAUGCCUUUAGCAUUCUCGCCGAGCAGAUGGGACUGUUGAAACGGGUCCGAAUGAUCACCGACCUCACCGCUGCACCCUAUGCCACCAGAAACGAAUCAGAUGUUUCUUCCGUUCACAAUAUCAUGAAUGGCAGAAAAAUUUGGUUGGUGGAAUCACAUACGACUUCGACAUCCAGGAUCGACAAAAACGUUCGCUUCAUGGAGCAGGAGUGCCAACUUACCAUGAGCAUGCUGAAAAUAGAGGUUAUGAUUUUGUACAAUGCCAUUGAUGCCUUCUUCAAUUACAUGAACCCAGUUUUUCAUAUUCCCAUUGCCUGCGCCAACAUGUCGAGGAUUGAUAGCGGACAUCCAGCUUUCGAUGCGGAUCGACGCGCUGUUCUCGUUGAACUCAACUAUCUCUCGGCACGUCUGAAUGCAAUGGAUCAUGGUCACAAGAUGUAUAGUUUGAGCUUCACGGAAGAGGACGAGUUUGGCAAGCGUACACCUGUCCACAACAAGACAUCGGGGAUACCAACCAGCAUGCAGAAUUAUCGUUACACGAUUGAGGAUGGACGCUGGUACAUUAGAGCGGCUACCUUUGCUAAGGCAAUCCGAGUCAAGGUUCGGACUAUCAAGGGCCAUGCCCAACAGACCAUAAAUCUGUUGGGCGAAAAAAAAACAUCGAGAGCAACGAUAAGAUCUUGAUGGGCUUUAGUAUGGGAGGUUUGACUUCUGCUCAGAUACGAAAGAAAUAUACUAAGCCCUAGUUGUUUGACCUUUUCAUUACGUAUUUAAAGACA